AUGGCAGACAUCAUGGAACAUCAAAUUACACUCUCGAUCAAUGAUCAAAGCGCUCCAAUACCUCCUUCCUCACCAAAAGUUUUAGCACCACCUCCAUCGUCAUCCUCAUCAUCAUCACCGCCGACACUACCAACACUACCACCGCCAGACCUCUCUACACCUACGAAUUGGAAUCGACCGUUACAGGACUUAGCAUCGAUUGUACCUGCUCUCUUAACUCAUCCUUCUUCUAUACAUUCUUCUCCAAUCAUCAAUCAACCAGAGUUGAGCCCCGAAUUACUUCGCCUGCCCCAGUCUGGACCCAAGAAGAUGUCUCGAGCUGAGAAAUUCUUUUGGUGGGGAUUCGUUUUACCCUUACUUUGGAUUCCAGGAACUUUUCAUCUUCAUCGAAGAUUUUGUCCUAAACUAAAAAAAUCUACGCGAGAAGAAACCAAACGUAAAAGUAAAAAACUUACAGGUAGAUUAAGGGCAAGAAUUGGUAGAAACGAAGUAGGAAUCGGCCAAACUUCUUUGGUGAUUAUUCCUAAGAAUUCGAAACUUGAUCAUGGAGAAGAAGAAAAGAGGAGGGGGGAAGAAGAUUGGAAUGUACUUUCGGAAAGUCCGGCCGAAAGGUUUUUGGGAGAAAGCGAAAUGAGGUUAGAUUGGUUGGUGUGCGAUUAUCAAACAACUUUUUUGGAAGCCCAGAAAUUACGAGAGGAGCGCAAAUGGGCAUGUAGAUGCUUGAUGGCGAUCAUGAUAGCAUCAGGAGUAAUGGUAAUAGCAGUCGUUAUCAAUCAUCAUCUUCAAAAAGGUACUGGAGUACAAUGGAAAGGAAAUAUUCCAGAUGCUGGAAAUUUCGGAGGAGCUAGUUCCAGUAAAACAAAUAGACCACUUUGA